ACACCUUCCUUGUCUGGUUCUCUUGUGCUGUUAUUGUGCCCGGAGGAAGGAAAAGCGUAGAGCGGUCCAGUGUAGCGAACCGAUACCGGCCGAGAGCAGUUAGCAUGUCUGAUCAGGAAGCUAAACCAUCUAGCGAGGAUCUAGGAGACAAAAAAGAAGGAGGGGAUUAUAUCAAACUCAAAGUCAUCGGACAGGAUAGCAGUGAAAUUCACUUUAAGGUAAAGAUGACAACGCAUCUCAAAAAGCUGAAAGAGUCAUACUGUCAGAGACAGGGUGUUCCAAUGAAUUCUCUCAGGUUUUUGUUUGAAGGGCAAAGAAUCUCAGAUCACCAGACUCCUAAGGAGCUCGGUAUGGAGGAAGAGGAUGUUAUUGAAGUUUAUCAGGAACAGACUGGGGGCCACUCGACAAUUUAAAUUUUUCCCUCACCUUCGUUUUUUUUUUUUUUAAUUAUUAUUUUUUUUACUUUUUUUUUUUUUUGUAAUGUUUACCUCUCCUUCCCCUUGGUACUCUGUUUCCUUUCAUGUAAUCAGCCAGAUGUCUGUGGCAUCUAGAUCACCUCAUUUUAAUAUCUUCAUCAGUAUGAGAAGUCACUUCUGAAGAUGUCACCAGUCCAGGCUGUUUUAGCUUCACUCCUUUUGGUCUCCAAGAAUAUUGAUUUGAAUUUACAUUGUAAAAUUACUCGGUUGCUUGGGACACGAAAAAGAACGUUUUUUGGGGAUUUAUUGCACUUCAAAUUGUUGAAUAAAAUUUUCACCAUUACUGUUAUCGUUCCACCUGCCUAGAAGAUAUAGGAGUUGUGUUUUUAGAUACAAGUUGUCAUGCAACCACCCCCUAUGAAAUGUUCGCUGUAUCUUUUAUUUUUGUGGGGCAUGGGUUUUAAAAAAAAGU